GGGGAGGCGGCGGAGUAAAGAGAGGCCGCCGGCUGGGUCCGCGGGUCACUCCGAGGCGCGGGCUGCGGGCUGCGGGCGGCGGGCGCACCAUGCCCUCCUUCGACGAGGCGCUGCAGCGGGCGGGCGAGUUCGGGCGCUUCCAGAGGCGCGUGUUUUUGCUGCUGUGCCUGACGGGCGUCACCUUCGCCUUCCUCUUCGUCGGCGUGGUCUUCCUGGGCACGCAGCCCGACCACUACUGGUGCCGCGGGCCAAGUGCCGCGGCGCUGGCCGAGCGCUGCGGCUGGAGCCCGGAGGAGGAGUGGAACCGCACGGCGCCCGCCUCCCGCGGCCCAGAGCCCCCCGAGCGCCGCGGCCGCUGCCAGCGCUACCUCCUGGAGGCGGCCAACGACAGCGCCUCCGCCACUAGCGCUCUCAGCUGCGCGGACCCACUCGCCGCCUUCCCCAACCGUUCGGCGCCCCUUGUGCCGUGCCGCGGCGGCUGGCGCUACGCCCAGGCCCACUCCACCAUCGUCAGCGAGUUUGACCUUGUCUGUGUCAAUGCGUGGAUGCUGGACCUCACCCAAGCCAUCCUGAACCUCGGCUUCCUGACUGGAGCAUUUACCUUAGGCUAUGCAGCAGACAGGUAUGGCAGGAUCGUCAUUUACUUGCUAUCCUGCCUUGGUGUUGGCAUCACUGGGGUUGUGGUGGCCUUUGCACCAAACUUCCCUGUGUUUGUGAUCUUCCGCUUCCUGCAAGGUGUAUUUGGAAAGGGGACGUGGAUGACUUGCUACGUGAUUGUGACAGAAAUAGUAGGUUCGAAACAAAGGAGGAUUGUGGGAAUCGUGAUUCAAAUGUUCUUUACCCUUGGAAUCAUAAUUCUCCCUGGAAUUGCCUACUUCAUCCCCAACUGGCAAGGAAUCCAGUUAGCCAUCACGCUGCCCAGCUUUCUCUUCCUCCUUUAUUACUGGGUGGUCCCUGAGUCUCCCCGUUGGCUGAUUACUCGGAAGAAAGGAGAUAAAGCAUUACAGAUCCUGAGACGCAUUGCUAAGUGCAAUGGGAAAUACCUCUCAUCAAAUUACUCAGAGAUCACUGUUACAGAUGAGGAAGUUAGUAAUCCAUCCUUUUUAGAUCUGGUGAGAACUCCCCAAAUGAGGAAAUGCACACUUAUUCUUAUGUUUGCUUGGUUCACAAGCGCAGUGGUGUAUCAAGGACUUGUCAUGCGCCUGGGAAUUAUAGGGGGCAACCUCUAUAUAGACUUUUUCAUCUCGGGCGUGGUGGAACUGCCAGGAGCUCUCUUGAUCUUACUAACCAUUGAGCGCCUUGGACGACGCCUCCCCUUUGCGGCAAGCAAUAUAGUGGCAGGGGUGGCAUGCCUUGUCACUGCGUUCUUACCAGAAGGAAUAGCAUGGUUGAGGACCACAGUGGCUACAUUGGGAAGACUAGGGAUAACCAUGGCCUUUGAAAUUGUUUAUUUGGUAAAUUCAGAAUUGUACCCAACAACAUUACGAAAUUUCGGAGUUUCGCUCUGUUCAGGUCUGUGUGAUUUUGGGGGAAUCAUAGCCCCGUUUCUGCUCUUUCGGCUAGCAGCCGUGUGGCUAGAACUACCUCUGAUCAUCUUUGGUGUCCUGGCAUCCAUCUGUGGUGGCCUUGUGAUGCUUUUGCCUGAAACCAAGGGUAUUGCCUUGCCAGAGACAGUGGAUGAUGUAGAAAAACUUGGCAGUCCACAUUCCUGUAAAUGUGGCAGGAAUAAGAAAACCCCAGUUUCCCGCUCUCACCUUUGAGGCCCCCGACAAAGACAGAAAGAAGGAGCUAUCCAGGAGCUGAUCCUCCUUGCAAAGCUGUGCCUUGCAGAGACGCACGUGUGCAUUUCAGCUACAUCAUGCCGCGCUGUUGUAAUACUGUAUAAAGACCUCAAUCUAUCCAGAGUAUUUUUAUAUAAUGUUGGAUGAGUUAGGAUUUGUAAUGCUGUUGAAGUUUCUGGGAACACAUAAUAUGUAGCCAGUUUAACAAAGAACCUGUCAGGUGCACAGCCCUUCCUGGGUUUUUUUGUUGUGUUCCCUGUGGUCUCUGACCCAUUAGGCUAAAGAGAGACAAGGGAAGCCCCCGACCUGAUUCUUAUGACAGCUCCAUCAAGAAUGUGGGAUGUGCCGACCAAGGAUUUGAGAAAGUUGUACAGAAAUGUGUUCAUCAAAUCUGAUCAGUCAAGGGACUAAGCCCCUAGCUGACCAUUCUGAAGAUUGCACGGAGGAUGAACAUUUGGGAAUCCUGUUAAUGAGAAGGCUGAAUCACAGGCACCUGGGCCACAGGGUGUGAGCAUUCAUGUUCUCUGCUCACCUUGGUUUCUGCACACUUUCGCAAU